UUUAUUGACGCCAGCGAAGACCGGCAGCAUAUUCCAACAGCGGCUCUUCGUGCCAAGUUGGAAACUGGGAAAUCGUCACUCGGAGCUCUCGGCAGAUUGUCCCUUCCCUCCCUGUGUUGUGGCAGUCCCUUGUGGGGAGCCUGGAGGACCUUCAGUAGAGCUGCUAACACUGAUGAGAGAUCUUUUAUGCCAAGACUGUUGCUGUCUGAACAGGCCACACCAUGCGUGAGUACAAGCUGGUGGUCCUUGGUUCAGGAGGUGUGGGCAAGUCCGCUUUGACUGUACAGUUUGUUCAGGGAAUUUUUGUUGAAAAAUAUGACCCAACAAUAGAAGAUUCAUACAGAAAGCAAGUGGAAGUAGACUGUCAACAGUGUAUGCUUGAGAUCCUCGACACAGCAGGGACAGAGCAAUUUACAGCCAUGAGGGAUCUCUACAUGAAGAAUGGGCAAGGGUUUGCACUAGUAUAUUCUAUAACAGCACAGUCCACGUUUAACGACCUACAGGACCUGCGGGAACAGAUUUUACGGGUUAAGGACACUGAAGAUGUUCCCAUGAUUCUGGUUGGCAAUAAAUGUGACCUGGAGGAAGAGCGAGUCGUUGGCAAAGAGCAGGGCCAGAACUUAGCAAGACAGUGGUGUAACUGUGCCUUUCUAGAAUCAUCUGCAAAGUCUAAAAUCAACGUAAAUGAGAUCUUUUAUGACCUGGUCAGACAAAUAAAUAGAAAAACACCAGUGGAAAAGAAGAAGCCUAAAAAGAAAUCAUGUCUGCUGCUUUAGACUCCCAUCAUGCAGCAGCUCUGAGCCAGAUUGCAGGAAUGAAGAACUGUUGCCUAAAAAUGGAAAGUGCCAGCAUUCCCGACUUCAAAAACCUUAUGGAAAUUAAUGACAUAUCGGAAGAAGCUUCUCCUGUUUUGGUUUUUUUUUUUUAUAUACUACGAGAAGAAUUUAGAUCUUAAAAAAAUGGUUUGCACACACAGUCCCUGGAAAAAAAGAAAAAAAAAAACAAACAAAAAAAAAAGGCAAUUGCUCUGUGUAUAUCUCUUGGAAAUUUAAGCCAAUAUUCCUCCUCCUUUGCAAUAGCAAUUAACAGAUGUGAAAAUAAAUAUAAUUGACUCUAGUGUAUGAUUAUCCCAAGGAGCAUGGAUGCAUUUCAAAUGUUAGAGAUUGCUACUAUAAUUAAAAUUUCAUAUUGACCAUUUUAUCAUCAUUUCUCCCCAUCAAGCACUAAAAAUGUUCCACUGUUAUAUUUUAUAUCUAUAACUAUAGAUAUAUAUUAUGUGAAAUCUCCCUUUGAACUCACCACAGCAAAUAACUUUUUGAGUCAUUGACUUCAUUUUAUAUUUAAAAGUUACGGAAUAUCAUUAUUUUCAUUCUGCCAUUAUAUUCUAAUUAAAAAUGUUUGUGCAUAAUGCUUUGGAAAAAAUGGGUCUUUUAUAGGAAAAAAAAAAACCUGGGAUAACUGAUUUCUAUGGCUUUAAAAGCAAAAAUAUAUAAUAUACUAAACCAACUCUAAUAUUGCUUCUUGUGUUUUCCUGUCACAGAUUAAAUUACAGCUUUUAUGAAUGAUUAAAUUUUAGUACAUUUUCAUUUUUUUUGUUUCUGUGUUUUUGUUACGGUUUCCAGACUUUUGGGUUGUUUGUUUUGUUUUUGUUUUUUUUUUUAAUCCAUGUUUUGUGAGUUCCUCUCCCAUCCUGGCAGAUUUUGUCACGACAGACCCCAACCCUGUGAUGUCUCCCUGGGUUGGACGUGUACAAAAAGUACAGCAGGCAACUUUAAAUCGAUUUGGUGCGUUCUUCUGGUUGUUUAAAGAUUGUAUUUCUGCUGGAGACAUUUCCUCUGUACACUUAUUUUUUGCUAUGUACAAAUUUCGUGCUGUACCAAGGCCUGACUGACAAUGAUUUUGGUUUCACCCCUUGUUUGGGGACAGUCCCUGUUUUGGCUGCUGGUCCCUGAUCAGCUAAAAGGGUUUUUUUAAUUUCAUUUUGGGUUUGUUUCUUGUGUAUUUUUAUUUUUUUUUUUAAAUACCUGUUGGUUUCAUAAAGCUUCAGAGAGCAGGAUACGAAGAGAGCCGUGGGUGCUCCAUCCUCCUGUCUGUGUGCAAGUCAAAGAGCCUCCCGUGGGACCCAAAUCUCUGGAAUUCCAACUCUCUGGAAUUCCCACAGGGCUGGGGGACUUGCUCCUGCUUCGCUUCUGAGUAAGUGAGAAGAGAAAUGUAUCUUCACAGUGGAGAAAACUCAGGCCAGGCCUUGUCCCGGUGCUUUAAACGGGAAAUCAAAGUGUAACAGAUGUUCCUGGACCCGCUGUAGAGUUUUAUUGGAAACCAGGGGGGGAGAAAUUUCUAUAAAUAGGUUUUUUUUCUAAAACUGUGUUCCUGAUGCAGCUGUUGAAUUAUACAGAGAUCCCAGUUUCUAAAAGCAGCCCAAACAAGACUGGUUGAAAACAUCUGGAUAAUGUGAAAACAUCUGCCUAACUUACAAGCUACUAGGACAAACAUAGUUACUUUAGCUGGUUGUCUUCAACCUUCCUCUGUGCUUCCUUUUUCGGGAGGAGCAGGAGCAUGGUGUUUGCAGGUUGGUUAUCUUUACUAAAUGUAAAAAUAUUUUAGUAAUAAAGUAAUUUUAAU